UGGCCUCUGAUUGGUGUAUUGGCAGUAUAUAGUUGUACUUUCCUCCUUUUGUAAGUUUUUAUUGACUUUGGACCAGUUGAGAGAAUCUCACGCAUGAAUGUUGCAUGAUUUCACAGGUUCUCUCAAGAUCGCGACCACAUAAAAUGACCGCCGCAGUCCGUUACGUCAAGUCGUUCAUCCAUGGGAAGCAUGUUCGCGGCCGUGGGGUCGCACGGACGCUCUUGGACUCAAGCACGAGCACUCCAGCGACAGAGUUCCACGACGUGGAUGAAGGACAGGUGUCGGAUGCAGUGGAGAGCGCGGCGUCGGCGCAACCAGCGUGGGCGGCGCUGUCCCCUGCCGCUCGGGGCACGAUUCUUCGUCGGGCUGCGGCCAUCUUGAACGAAGAAACAAACGACAUUCAGGUCCUCGAGAGCAUCGACACGGGUCGCGUCAUUUCGGAAAUGGAAGGCGACGUCCUGAGUGCCACCGACUGCUUGGAGUACUUUGGCGGAUUGGCGCCAACAUUGGGUGGGCAGAUGCUCGACUUCGACGCACCCAACUGGGCGUACACGCGUCGCGAACCGCUCGGGGUCACCGCCGGCAUCGGCGCAUGGAACUACCCGCUUCAAUCCGCUAUAUGGAAGAGCGCGCCGGCGCUCGCGUUUGGCAACGCGAUGGUGUUCAAACCGUCCGAGGAGACUCCGUUGACCGCGCUCCGACUCGCGCAAGUCUACGCCAAGGCCGGCCUGCCGCCAGGACUGUUCAACGUCGUGCUGGGCGGUGGGAGCGUCGGCGCGUCACUCGUGGAACACGCGGCGGUCCGGAAGGUAUCGUUCACGGGCUCCGUAUCGACGGGAAAGAAGGUGUAUGCAUCGUGCGCAUCGCAACUCAAGCCUGCGACGAUGGAACUGGGCGGCAAGUCGGCGCUGAUCGUAUUCGAAGACACGGACGUGGACGACGCUGUCGCAGGCGCGAUGCUCGCCAACUGGUACUCGAACGGCCAAGUGUGUUCGAACGGCACGCGUGUGUUUGUGCAUGCGUCGUUGCACGAUGCGUUCGUGAGCAAGUUGGUGGCGCGGACCCAGCAACUCCGCGUGGGACCUCCUUUAAACCCGUCCAGCCAAGUCGGCCCCAUGGUACAUGCCUCGCAUUUGGCCAAAGUACGCGAGUACAUUCGUAUUGGUGUCGUUGAGGACAAGGCCACGUUAGUAUAUGGCGGCACGUUUCCUAGUACUACUAGUAGUAGGAUCGACCCCCGCGGUAGUUAUAUAUUGCCAGCCAUCUUCACCGACUGCCGCGACGACAUGCGCAUCGUGCAAGAAGAAAUCUUUGGCAUGGUGCUGUGUGUGCUGCCGUUUGAGUCGGAGGCCGAAGUGGUCGCCCGAGCGAACGCCACGUCAUUUGGGUUGUCAGCGGGAGUGUUUACAAACGAUUUAAAACGUGCGCAUCGAGUGAUUCAACAGCUGGAUGUGGGCACGGCGUGGAUCAACACGUACAACUUGGCGCCGGUGGAACUCCCGUGGGGAGGCUCCAAACAGUCGGGUAUGGGGCGGGAGAAUGGCGUGGCCGCCGCGCAGUCGUGGACCCAGCUCAAAAGCGUCUAUGUGGCCAUGGAAGACAAGCUUGCCAACCCCUUUGAUUGAUAUAUCACGGGCAUACGAACUUGGACUGUAAAGACUACGUAGUAAUACUAUUCCAUGCUAUUAUAUAAUAAUUACUAGUAGUAUAAUACUGCAAAC